ACCAACCCAGCCUACACUCCCAACGUAUCCUCAUGAUGCCAUCUCACGUCCUCGACUUCCAAUGCGCCCUCAUCACCGGCUCGGGCGGGGGUCUCGGCCUGUCAAUGGCUCGUUACCUCGUCCAGACCAAGAACAAAAAAGUCAUCUUGGCCGGAAGGACGGAAUCCAACUUGCAAGAGGCUUCCAAGUCUCUCGGAGGGGAUGUGCCUUACUAUGUGGUCGAUACGGGCAAGACUUCCGAGUUGAAGGGAUUCGUGGAGAAGGUGGUCAAGGAACAUCCGGAGGUGGACUGUUUGAUCAAUAAUGCCGGGGUGCAGAGGCCGUUGGAGGUUACAGAGUUGAAGUUGGACCAGCUGGAUCAGGAGAUUGAUAUAAAUGUGAGGGGCCCUAUCCACCUGGCGGACGCUUUCCUCAACCACUUUGCGAGCAAGAAGCAUGCAGUCAUUAUGAAUGUGACGAGUGUACUGGGCUUUGUGCCCUUUAGUGUACUCAACCCCGCGUACAAUGGGACGAAGGCCUUCAUGCACUUCUACACCGAAUCGCAACGCACCCAACUGAAGUCCACUCCAAUCCGAGUCGUAGAGAUCAUCCCCCCUUCAGUGCACACGGCCCUCCAUCGCGAUCGCGAGGACCCGGACGACAACAAUCCCUCGAAAUCCAACGCCCUUACCCAGGAGGACUUUAUGAACCAGGUAGCCGAAGGGUGGGAGAAGGAUCAGGAUGUCAUUACGGCUGGGAUGGGUAAGGAAUUGGUCAAGAAGUGGUACGAUGCGUAUGGGGAACAAUUGGGUGGUGCUCAGAAGGCGUGGCAGGGGAAGGAGGUCAAGUAGUGGAGUCAGAUAUGAGGGGUUCAAUCUGCAUAUAUCAUGGAUGAAUGGAUUUGAUUUGAGU